AUGUCAGCCUCGAAGUCCCCUGCCGCAAACCCGAAUAUCAUGCCAGACCCCAUAAAUGAUGGCUCGAUAAUCCGCAAAGCGUUCUUGGCCGAAGCAUUCGCAAACCUCUUCACCAUACCGCUCAUAACAAACACAUCAUGGGUGCUCUCCCUAAUCCUCAACCAUCCCUCCGACAUCAACCCAUCCUCCAUUCUCUUCGCGCGUCUCUUCGGUGGUCUAGUAAUCAGUGGCCUAACAUCCGCUCUACUUGCCGGCUACAUGAACGCGCGCAAUGGAAUUGAGAGCAGACGACCCACGUAUCUGUUGCUGGGCAUUGGUGAGGCGUUACUAAUUCCCAUCUUGGUGAGUGAGAUGCUGAAGGAUGGCGGACGGGCGGCGGCGGUCAGUAAGAAGGUUGCAGGCGUUAGUAUUGGGAUGCUUCUUCCGUCGCUGCUUUGGGGGAUUUAUGUGAUGGGUUUCAGACCGGAUCUGCUUGGCAGGUACACGGAGAAGGUGGGUGACGGUAGCGGUGGUUGUAAGUCUCACUGA